UCCUGUCAGCUUAAAAUGAGGGAAACUAUAAAAAGCCAGGUGCAUUACAAAGUCACUGUCCUUGAUAAACAAUAUUUUGCCUGGCGCCCUCAGCAGAAUGAUUACCACAAGCCAAAGCCGCCGGCAGGAGAACCGCCACAAGAAGCAGCCGACAAAGCAUCAAGUUCGACGGGAACUGUGGAACCAGAAGAAACCAGCAAAGCAGCAAGUUCCAAAACACUCGCGCUGACUGUUUGCUCGGCUGCCAUAGGAGGCACCUUCCAGUAUGGAUACAAUAUUUCAAUGAUCAACUCUCCCACCAGCUACAUCCAGACGUUCAUCAAUAAUACAUACAUAGCACGCUGCGGCACUGCCUUGGAAACUACUCACGUCACUUUGGUUUGGACUCUUAUUGUGUCAGCUUUCCCUCUGGGAGGUCUACUCGGAGCCCUACUAGCCGGACCAAUGGCGGUCCGCUUUGGAAGGAAGAAUUCUCUGCUUUUUAACAACUCAUUUUUGUUCGUAGGUGCUGUUUUGGUUCUGCUGUGCAGGCACGCAAAAUCAUUCGAGAUGAUCAUCUUCGCUCGGUUCCUAGUGGGCAUUAACUCAGGGGUCAGUAUGAAUGUCCAGCCUAUGUACUUUGGGGAAAGCGCCCCCAAACACCUCAGAGGCGCUGUGGCAUUUUCCUCCGCUGUUUUUACGGCGUUUGGGAUUUUCUCAGGUCAAGUUGUGGGGCUGACUGUGGUGUUGGGAACAGAACAUCUCUGGCCCUACCUACUAGCCAGCAACAUGCUGCCAGGGUUGAUCCAGAUGCUCACGCUACCUUGGUUCCCGGAAAGCCCCAGAUAUCUGCUCAUUGACAAGGGAGACCGUGAAGCGUGCAUCCGGGCACUAGAGAGACUCCGUGGUGGCGUGGCUCCAGUUUUGGAAAUACAAGAAAUAGUUGAAGAACAGCAGAGGUAUUCCGAUCCUGGAUCUGCAGCUUCUGCGAAGACGCCCUGUUCCCUUUUUAAGGAUCCUAACUUACGAUCCCAGCUCCGAACGGUCAUGGUGGCAAGCAGUGCCAUGAUGCUCUGUGGCAAUGACUCCAUCUACUUCUACGCGUCCUACAUAUUUCUUCAGGCAGGCAUCCCCAGAGACAAAAUCCAAUAUGCCACCAUUGGCACAGGGGCAUCUGAACUGACUGCUUCCAUCCUGAGCAACUUCCUGAUUGAACGAGUGGGCCGCAAGUGUCUUCUUGUUGGGGGCUACACUCUUAUGUCUUGCUGGACUGUCAUCUUCACAAUAGCCCUCACACUCCAACAACGAGGAGUCGAAGGGAUGUCCACCCUCAGCAUGGUAUGCGUGUUCGCCUACAUCCUGAGCUUCGGCUUGGGCCCUGCAGGUGUGACAGGGAUCCUGCCCGCAGAGAUCUUUGACCAGUCGGCUCGUCCGGCAGCGUACAUGGUUGCUGGAUCGCUAAUGUGGCUCAGUCUGCUCCUGGUGGGAAUGUUGUUUCCCUUCAUUGUCGGAAGUCUGGGGAGCGUCUGCUUCCUGCCGUUCUUGGCUGUGUGUUUGCUGUCGGCUGUAUUUUUGGGGCUCACGUUCCCAGAGACGAAAGGCAAGAGCCUGCCUGAGAUCACCGCAGAGUUCGAUAGAAAGAACGGAUGGAAGAUGCAGGGAAAGCAGGUGGAUGAGCCCGGGGAGGAUCACAUUGAGCAGGAGGAAGUCAGCUGCUUUACUUUCUUACCAGAAGAUCUUGACAACGUGACAUUAUGAUUGUAAAACUGGAAAACCAGCAAGACAAUAAAAAGUCCACUUGAUUCUUUGUAAAGCUCAAUAUUAUUCCACUUAUAGAAGUAUUGGAACGUAUUUACAUCUGAUCUUUGUCGGCAACUGCUUUCCUUGUUCGAUUCAAUUAAUGUAUGUUACUUACCAAUGGUUUGUUUCCUCUGCCAAAUACUGUCGCUGUAUUAGUAUGACCUGUAAUUGCUCAAAAGCUCGAAUUUGAGUUUCUAUUUUGUCUUAGUUUUGCACUUGUUUUUCAACCCAAGUACAGCUUUCUGGUUUUCAUGUUUGUUCCACCUAUAAUGAGUAUGAAUGUAGUCUUCACAGGCAAAACCCAGAUCUGAAACUAAAAUAAGUGUAGACAUUCAGAAGUAUUGAUUGAAUCGAUGGUUUAAUAGGACACAACUGGGUAACAAAACACAUCUGUCAAUCACUUGUUGUUAUACUUUUAAAUACUUUAAAAUUUCCACUCUUUGAAAUGGGUGAAUUUAAAAAAAUUGUGGUAUCUACCAAGUUGUUUGUCAGAUCCAGAUGUAAGUACCUAGAAAUAAAAAACUGAAAUGUU